AUGUCUUUGUUUGCCCUCGCAUGGUGGUUUACUGGCUUUUUUGCCCUUUUGGCAUUGAAAAUUGCUACGUUGGGUUCCGAGAUUCCGAAUGGCCUUCCUUGGGUCGGGCAAGAUCAUAGAGGCCCUUUUAAGCGUUCUAGAUCAUAUCUGCGGAGCGUCUUUGGCACACGUGAGAUGAUCAGAGAAGGAUACGAGAAGUACUCGAAGAAUGGACGCCCUUUCGUUCUUCCAAACCUCUUCACUGGUGCAGAGAUUCUCAUCCCACCAGCCCAGAUUGAUUGGUUAAAUGAGCAAAAUGAAGAGAAUUUCAGCAUAAUUGAUACUCACAAGCAAUUUAUUCGGGCGGACUACACAAUGUUGUUAGACCAGACAACCAUACACGAGCGCAUCUACAAAGACGCCUUCCGCAAGAAUCUUACCAGGAGGUUUUACGAGCUUUUGCCACCACUCGCUGAGGAGGUUGAGCACGCGCUUAUCGGCCAGGCCGGAACUGACCCAGAAGAGUGGAAGCUCAUUGAAGGGUUCAAAUUUUGGAAGAGAGUUGUUGUGCAAGCCGUCAGUAGCAUCUUCGUCGGCAAGCCGCUUUGCAACGAUCAGUCGUAUUUGUACUAUGCCAGUCGUUUCAACCAGAAUGUCAUGCUGAAAGCUGGCAUCAUUGGCACAUUGCCAGCAUUUCUUCGACCGAUUCUGGGCUACCUGAUUGUUUGUACGGAUAAGUACUACCAUGCGAGGUGCGCAGAUAUUACCAGCCCUACCAUACGGGAACGCUUGAAUCGCCACGUAGAGAUAGCUUCUGGAAAGGCAAAGGAAGUUGGAACUCAGCCCAAUGAUCUCUUGACCUGGGCUUGUGCAGAUGCUGUUCAGGCGGCACAGAGCGGCAAUGCCGCGAAGUUCUCCUUGGACUUCUUGACACGACGUCUGAGCUUGAUGAAUUUCACCUCGACGCAUAGUACUGGUCUUAACCUGAACAGUAUGCUGGUCGAUAUUCUAUUCGCCUCUAAAGAACAUGGCGAGAAGGGGCUCGAUGGACCGACUCUGAUGGAGCGUGUACGAAUUGAAAUCGAGGAUGCGUAUCGGAUAUACUGUCAAACGAAAGAUCAGAAUCCCAAUGCUGGAGAGGUCUUCUUAGAGUCUCUACCUACAAUGGAGGCCUGUUUCAAGGAGACAUUGCGCCUCCGAGGGUUUGUCUCACGCAUCGCUAUGAAGACUACCACGGCCCGGGGCAGUCAGAUCAGCGUGCCAACAGUAGGUGUCGUGCCUCGUGGUAUCAAGAUUGGAGUACCAGUCUGGGGGAUCCACCACGAUGGAGAAAUAUACAAAAAUCCCUUCGAAUGGACAGCUGAUCGAUGGCUGGACAAUGGACCCAUGCAGAGAAUGCCAGUCGGCGGUGGAGGAACACACGAAAUGUACAGAAGUUACAUUCCAUUCGGAUACAAAACAACCGUUUGCCCUGGUAGGUUCUUUGCCGUUAAUGUCAUAAAACUUAUUGCGUCCCAUGUGUUGUUACAUUACGAUAUUGAGCUUCCCCCUAACGCGGAGCGAUCUGGGCACCAGUGGUGGGGGACGUCCAUUAGCUAUGGCACGGAAGCAAAGUAUCUUAUUCGGCGGCGCCAAGGGACCUCGGUCUCACCGAAGACAGAGUUCGCUAGCUGGUGGCACAAGACAGUGUGA